ACCAAAUGGAAUAUCAAAGUAUACCGGAAGCCACUCCUGUCGAAGAGGAGUAUGAGUCAUCAAUUUGUACAACACAGAUCAAUCGUCCUAAGAGUGAAAAUGAGUUAGCAUUUGAAAAUUUCCUUUUGACGCAUGCUCAUGAUGGACCGCCGAUUCAGGUUAUUAACGACGUUGACACUCAAGGAAUUCCACCAGAUUUCACGUACGUUGACCGCUACCUUUACGGUGAAGGUGGUAUUUGUAAAGGGAAUAAGUGCAGAUGUUUGAAAGAGCUGAACGUGGGAAAACUAAACUACUCGCGAGAAACUGGUCAAGUUAAGCGAGGCCGUAAGGUUCACUUGGCGAUAAAAAGGUAUCCUGAGAAGGGAUGGGGGGUGAUUGCCACAAAACGGAUCGAGGCAAACGUGUUCAUCACAUAUUAUUACGGCGAGAUCAUAACAGCGGCUGAGGCAGACCUCCGUGGAAGCAAAUAUGAUGCAGUUGGAAGGACAUAUUUGUUCGAUCUCGACUUUUGCGAUGAUGGAACAAACGAGAAUACCAAGUGUCUUUACACAAUUGACGCGUGGCGCUAUGGGAAUAUCUCCCACUUCUUCAACCAUUCGUGCGAUCCGAACCUUGUGGUUUAUCCGGUGAUGAAUGAUAAUGGAGAUAUCAGGCUCCAUCACAUUGCAUUCUUUUCCAAGAAGGUCAUAGAG